AAGUCUGAGUCUUAUAUCUGUCAUCGUUAAUUACUAGUACCUCACUCUGUUUCUUUCCCCACGAACUCUCCCAAAAACCUCUCCUACUCAACAAUACCAUGGAGUUUCAUUCUCUUCCCAAUCUCAUCCUUCUUCUCUCCCUCUCAAUCCUCUUCCUUUCUUCUCUUCACGUUCAAGCUAAAGUUACUUUCAAAUAUUGCGAUAAGAAGGAAGAUUAUCCUGUCAAGGUGACUGGAAUCGAAAUCUUACCAAACCCUGUCGUCAGUGGCAAUCCAGCCAAUUUCAAGAUCUCAGCUAUCUCUGGUAAGGCUCUUUAUGGUGGAGAUGUGGUAAUUGGAGUUUCCUAUGUUGGUGUGCCUGUCCAUUCUGAAACCAUUGAUCUGUGUCAGGAAGUAUCUUGUCCCGUUGCUAAUGGCCAUUUUGUGAUUUCUCACACCCAAACAUUGCCUUCAAUCACUCCACCGGGACCUUAUGCUCUGAAGAUGACACUGAAGGACGACAAGGGCGAUCUGUUAACUUGCAUCAAGUUUAAUUUUAAAAUCGUUUUCGGAUCUCUCGUUGCUGACAUGUGAAGAGUUAUCCUCUGCAUGAUUGAUCCGGAUUAGGGUUGCUUUGCUUUGUUAUCAUGUGUUUUUUCACUGUAAAUGUAUUGUGUAUAACUUUUCAAGAGUCGCAUCAUGACAAGGGCUAAUGCUGUCAAAUGUUUAAGUCAUAUACACUAUACAGUGCCGCGAACUCUGUUCAAUAUGGUGAAUGAUGAAUCUUCUUUCCUUUGUGAACUUA